GGUUGACCAAGAAAAAGCUUUUCAAAAAAUCAAACAGCAAUCAAAAUGAAGACUGAAAUUAAUGGAAUUAAUUAAUCACACUGAUUACCAGAGACAAUUAAAGUCUAAUCACGUUCUAAAUUACGAUCACAAUUAACUCUUUCUUUUUCUGGUCAUUGUCCUCAAAAGUAUUGAUAAACUAAUGGAAAACAAACCAAAAAGUAUUGACUGGUAACUCGACUCGCCGACGUAUUAAUAAUUUAAUUGUUCCAAGAUAAUUAACUAAUCACCAUCAUCAUCAUCAUCAUGAUUCUAAUCAACUCAGAGAAUCAAUUGAAAAAUGAAAACCGAUCAAAAGUCAAUUGGAAUCAUUUUCACAAUCAAAACACAAAAAGGAAAACAUUUUUUUCUUGAUUGGGUGAAAAGACUCAUUGAAAUGAGAAACAAAUGGAAACAAAAAUCACAGAAUUACAAUUAUUGUUGACACAAUUGAAUUAAAAGUAACCAGGUAACCUGAUCAUCUCCAGAUCAACUUCAACUCUCACCAAUGGUUGAUCACAUUUGUUGUUUUCCAUUUUCAUGAUAAUGUUUCUUGACUAAUUAUUGAUUAUCGGUGUUAAUUAACUAAUUUGAUUGUUCUCACCAUGGGUAAAUCUGUGGCAAUUACGUAUCUCUGUUGGUUAAUUGGUGGAAUUUUUGGUUUCCACCAUUUUUAUCUUCAUAGGGAUAGACAUGGUUUCAUCUAUUGGUUGACCUUUGGUGGUUAUUUUGGCCUUUCAUGGGUACGAGAUUUAUGGAAGAUACCAGAAUAUGUGGCUGAUUAUAAUGAGGAUAAAGAUUAUAUGAAACAAUUAACGUUCAACAUGAAGAAUCAAAAAUCACCUUCAUCUGGAAUCAUCCGUCAUUGUGGUACUAUAAUUGUCGCUGAUAUUUUGGGCUAUUUGGCGAUAAGUGCAGUUCCAUAUGAGUAUUUUUCUCACAAUGAAGAUUUAAUCUUCUACAUAUACGCUUUUAUAUCGCCAAUCGCUUGUGCUCUAGGUGUUCACCUGGUUGGAAAUGUCGGCAGGCACCAAGGUAAUUUACUUCCAACUCUAAUCGGUGCUUAUUUAACGGCUCCGUUAUAUGUGGUAUUUGGUUCACAUUCGGUUUUUUGGACUUCUCUUUCGGCAUCCAUUUUCUUUUGUAAAUUCUCUAAGCGUUGGCGUCGCACUUAUCCCAAACGGAAGCCGCUCCGAAAACGAAUCGCCCUUUUAACUGGUGCUGGUCUAUUGUACUUAUCUUUAUAUGCAUCUUGGUUUUAUUUUAAUUGUUCCAUUGUGGAGAAACAUGAUGGUGAUGAUAUUAAAGAGGAAACAAUCAAGUGUAGAGAUGCCGCUGUUAACUUUUGGCGAUCUCCGGCCUUUGUUGACUUCCGUCGUACUCUUACCGAUCUUUGGACCUUUUUCAAGUUACAUGGAUGGAAGGGUUUGAAAGAGGAAAUAAUUAAGGCUUUUGAUCCUCAGGGUGAAGCUAAUGCUCUAAAUGUGCUCAAUGUAACCCAAAAAGCGACCCAAGAAGAGAUCACUUUGGCCUAUCGAAAGUUAGCUCGUGAAUGGCAUCCCGAUCGUCAUAAAGAUCCAAUUGAAAAGUCAAAUGCUCAGGAAAAGUUCAUAGAGAUUCAACAAGCUUAUGAAGUUUUAUCGAGGAUUAAAUUGCAACGAUUAAAACAGAAUAAAAAAGAUCGUGUAAUUAAUCAAGAUCAAAAUUCACAAUCAACACCAACACCUUCACAAACAACAAGUAUACCGAUGGCCGAUCGACAAGAUUUAUAAAUCUCAGCAACUUUUUAAUUGUCUACAUAAUCCCUGAUCUGAAAUUGUGUUUUAAUUACCAACAAGUGAAUCAAAUAUAUCAUUUUAUCAUUUUA